AUGGAGGGUGAGGUGAGCGUGCUGCUGGUCAUCACGGUGAUCAUCGGAACGAUCCUGAUGACGUCACUGCUUGCCUGCUACAUCUGCGUGUUCCGCCAGCUGUGCUGCUCGCGCGACGCGGACCUGGACCGGAGCUACAGUGGGCGCGGCUCGAAGCGAACGUUGCGGGACAGCACCAACAUGGCGGAGAUCACCAACAUCACUAGCCAGCAGACGGAGAUCGAGAAGGUCUAGCUGCGGUCGAGCGAAGAGGCCAUCACUUCGCUCUAGUUCCCAGCGCUACUUGCCCGUACCCCCUACAUAGUACUGUAAAUAGGCGUGUUUGGAGCAAACCGCCAAGCUGCCCAGCUUCCGUUC